AUGGCUCCAAAUAUUAAAAGAAGCUCAAUUGGUAAUGGAAACAGGCGCAAGUCAAUUUUGACCAGAGAGGAACGAAUCGAGAAGCUGAAAGCGGCGAGAGCCAAAUAUAAUGGGAGACCAACGAGAAGUACGACUGCAGCAGCAGCAGCAACAACAAAAGCUUCAACUCGUAUGGCAGCUCCAGCAUCAAAACCAUCAUCUUCAAGAGAUCAAGAUUUUGUGGCAGAUCCGGCCGCUUUGGAGAUGAUAAAAACUGGGAAUAUUCGAAUUCCUGUAAAUCGCGCCUCAGUUUUCAAUACUCGCCCCUCGAUUUCCCAACGACCAUCAAUUGCACCACGCUAUUCAGUUGCCAUCGGAAGACAAUCAAUUGUUGGAAGAACAUCAUUAGCAAUGAGAUCAACACGAGCAACUGUAAAUGAGCCAAGACCAAGUCUUUUUCCAUUGGGUAUCAAUAUCUUCGAGGCAAACGAAUCUCAACGCCAACAAGUAUCUCAAUUCCUCAAAAAUCAAAGUUUGGCAAGUAAGAAAGGCGAUGAUUCAGAUGUUUCGGUUUCCGCAGCAACUCCAUCGAAAUUCAAUGUUUUUGGAGCAGCACAAAUGUCAGCGACAAAAAAACGAACAACUAUUCGAUUUAUGGAAAAUGUGAUUCCUGAACAACGCGAAUCCCACGAUCCUACUGAAGAUUUCGAAAAAACUCCACCAAAGAAGCACAGCCCAAAUCCAGAUUUUGUGCCCCAAUCAAUCUUAUCAUCAAUGAAGAAAGUGAAAAGAGUUGUGAAUUUGGGAUCGCCGAUUGAAGGAUUUGAGAAAAAGAAGAAGGUGGAGAAGAAAGAUAAAUCAAUGAUUUUGGAUGAGAUUUUGAGGUUUGUCAAAUUCUUGGAAACAUUAUUAAAAAGUAAUGUUUAAAUGUGUAUUUUCAGAUUAGCUGAAGAAUUCAUGAAAGCUGAUGGCGAUUUAGAUGCGAAAUGCAUGGAAAAUAUGGAAAAAGUCGAGAAGAUCUUCGAAAAAACGAGACAGAACGCGGAACUGGCGGCGGCAAUGCAGGAAACCACAAUUGGAUCCGAUGAAAAUGAUUUGCCAAAGAUGCAUUUUGUCGAAGACGCGCCAAAGCCGAGAAGAAGAUCGAAUCGACGACGAUCAAAGUAUUAGAGAGAUCUGUUAAAUAGAUGGGGUCUCUGUAAAUAUGUUUUUUUUUAUUGAAGAACCCCAUAACCAUUGUGAAUAAUAAUUUUAUUUUCUUUUUUUCUUACUAAAAUUUUAACUUUCAUUUAAAUGUCUCCCUUUUAUGCAAAAUUCGGAAUAACCGCAAAAAUUUGUUUUUUCUUUUGGUGGGAAAUGGGGGAAGCGCGCUCCAAUGCAACUCGCAAUUUUCGAAAAUUUCAUUUCUCAUUUUUUUUUGUUUCUUUCCUAGCGCAUUUCGAUUUUCAGCAAGCAAGAAAAAAUGACUUGGGCAUCGAAACAUGCCGAAAUCGGAAAGGCGAAAUUGUUAGUUGUGGGAGCUGGUGGAAUCGGUUGUGAAUUGUUGAAAAACUUGGCGUUGACCGGAUUCCGCAAAAUCCAUGUCGUUGAUUUGGACACGAUUGAUGUGAGCAAUUUGAAUCGACAAUUUUUGUUCCGAAGAGAACAUGUUGGACAACCGAAAGCCAAGGUUGGUUUGGAUUUUUAUGAGUUUUUUUUGUUUUUGGGAAGAAUUGGUUGUCAUGGAAAUUUUUAGAGAUGAUGUUGGCUUAAAAAUUGGAGAGAGGGGUAGUAUUUUUGUAGGAAAUUAUGUGAAUUCAUCUCAGAAAGCCUCAAAUUUGAAAAGAUUUAUGAAAAACUGAUAAUGACGUGGCAAAAAUAGAAUGAAAACUAUCCAAAAUAGAGUCCUGAAAUUGCCCUAAAGUUUGAUGAAACCUUGAGAAAUUCUGAUUUUUUCCCGGAAAUCCUAAACUUCUCUCUCAGAACUUGCUAAUUCUGGAAUUGAACAACAAAAAUGAAGCACAAGACCAGAAUUCCCUCAAGAAAUACGAUCUAUUGAUCAAGUUUGCCAUAUCAAAUCCCUUUUUUCUCGUCAGGUUGCCACCGAAGCGGUCAAAGCAUUCUGCCCAGAAGUCGACAUUUCCUACACACACGACAGUAUUUUCGUGGAACAAUUCAAUUUAUCCUAUUUCUCAUCAUUCGAUAUGGUAAUCAAUGCAUUGGAUAAUCGAAGUGCUCGAAAUCAUGUGAAUCGAAUGUGUUUGUCUGCGAGAGUUCCUUUGAUUGAAAGUGGAUCAGCUGGAUAUUUGGGACAAGUUUCAGUGAUUAUUCGAGAGAAAACUGAGUGUUAUGAAUGUGUUGAUAAACCGAGUGCACAGAAAACAUAUCCGGGUUGUACCAUUCGAAAUACGCCAAGUGAACAUAUUCAUUGUACUGUUUGGUCGAAACAUUUGUUCAAGUGAGUUGGAAAUAUUGAAAUUUAAGAAACAUCGAGUUUUCUCCAGCCAACUCUUCGGCGAAAUCGACAUCGACGACGAUGUUUCACCAGAUAUCACAGACAAAGAUGGAAAAGAGAACGAAGAAGAACCAUUGGAAGAAAUUGCGGAUAAAUCCGAAGUUGAGACCGAAAAAGCGCCGAAUACCAGACAAUGGGCUGAAAGUGUCAAUUAUGAUCCGAUUCAAUUAUUCGACAAACUUUUCCAUUCUGAUAUCGAAUAUUUGUGUUCGAUGGAACAUUUGUGGAAACAAAGAAAACGUCCGGAAUCGAUGACUUUUAAGGGUAAGAAUUGGACGAAUUUGUGCUAGCUAUGACGUGGCAAAUUUGCUGUGAUUUACGACUUUGCCACGUCAUAACUAUCCGAAGAUGAAGUUUCAGUUUUAUUUUUCAAAUUUGACAGAAUGAAAACCCGAUUCAAAAAAUAUGAGAUGACAAAUAAUCUUUCUUGAAAAGUUUAGAUUUUGACACGUCAUAACUAUCAUUUUCCUCCCAAUUUCCCUCCAUUUUUCAGAAGCCCGUGUAACCGAAGACGAAAGAAGUGGCAAAGAAAUUCUGGAAGAUGUCAACAAUGUUUGGUCGUUGGCAAAUUGCUCGACAAUUUUCGCGGAAUGUGUCGAAAAAUUGAGAGAUCGCAAAAAUGCGUUGGCCGAUGGCGAAAUAUUGGUUUGGGACAAGGAUGAUGAAGAUGCGAUGGCAUUUGUUGCCGCUUGCGCCAAUAUUCGAGCCACCAUUUUUAGCAUUCAGACAAAGUCGCUUUUUGAGAUCAAAGGUAGGGGUUUUUUUUUAAUAUUUGGGAAAAAUAUGGGUUUCCUAUUCUGAAAAUGGUUUAUUUUUGUAGUUUUCAUGUUUCCUGAAUUCUUAGAAUUUUUAAAGUUUAAAUUUAGGCUUAUUUAUAUAUUCCUGAAAAAAAUCAUCUUUAUUUAUUAACCAGCUUCAAAAUAUCUACAAGAUUUUUUUACGUUUCAAAUUUUUCUUUAAUUCUUCAAAAAAUUUCAAAAUUAUUAUCAAAUGUGAUUUUAAUUCAAAACCAAUACAACAAAUUUGCAGCCAUGGCUGGAAAUAUUAUUCCGGCAAUCGCAACAACAAAUGCAAUUGUUGCUGGAAUGAUGGUAACUGAAGCGAUCAAAUUGGUUCACAAACAAUAUGAUAAAAUUUCGAAUGUUUUCAUCGCUGGAAGACCAAAUCAAAGAGGAAAGGUAUGUUACAAAUCUUCGCUUUGAAAAUUCCAACAAAUUUCUAAAUUUUUCCAGAUUUUAUCUGAUGAAGUUCCACAAAAACCUAAUCCGAAAUGCUAUGUUUGUUCGGAGAAACGAGAAUGUGUUGUUGUUUUGAAUCCGGCUGAAAUGACUGUGAAAGGAUUGAAUGAGAAGAUUUUGAAGAGUACGUUGAAUAUGUUGGCACCGGAUGUGAUGGAAGUUCGCACAAAUCGAGUUAUUAUAAGUAGUGAAGAGGGAGAGACUAAUGAUUUGGAGUUGAAGAAACUCGCGGAGUUAUCAAUUGAGGAUGGAGCCAUUUUGGCAUGUGAUGAUUUCCAACAAGAUUUGGAAUUAAAACUUAUCAUUCGUAAAAGUGAAACAAUGAAGGGAGAAGAAUUCGAGAUUAUCAGAGGAGCUAAAGAAGAAGAGGAUGAAAGUUCAAGAAAGAGAAAGAAUAGUGAGGCGGAGAACGAGGAGAGUGCACCAAAGAAAGCGAGAAUCACCGCAUGA